AUGGCUUCUUUGCACCAAUCUACAUGGAAGAAAGCUGGAAUCUUUGAAGCUGUCAUGAAUUCCAAGUACCAUAUCCAAAAAGACCAAAGCUUGGUACUUGAGAUUACAGAGAGGUGGUGUUCUGAGACCAAAACAUUUGUGUUUCCUUGGGGUGAAGCAACAGUCACGUUGGAAGAUGUAAUAGUCUUGGGGGGCUACUCUGUUUUAGGGGACUCUGUUUUAAGCCCUGCUGUGUCAGAAGACCUACAGGAGAUAGAAGAGAAUUUGAAAGAAGCACGAAGAAGAAUCGUGGCUACAAAAGCUAAGAAGGCAUGCCAAAGCUUAUGGAUAAAGACAUUCAUGAACAGUGGAAAAGAAUUGGAGCACCAAGCAUUUCUUGCUUGUUGGUUGUCUAGGUAUGUUUUUGCAGGUGUUCAUUGUACAAUCAGUGAGCAUGUUUUUCCAGUUGCAAUUCAACUAACUAGAGGGACACGAAUCGCUCUUGCUCCAGCUGUUCUUGCAAGCAUUUAUAGAGACUUAAGUUUGUUGAAAGAAAAAAUUGUUGUUGCAACUAAUUCAAAGAGUUGUAAGGAUGUUAAAGAUGGUGUUUUAGAGCUAACCCUUCGGUCACCAUUUUAUUUUAUUCAAAUUUGGGUUUGGGAGAGAUUUUUAGAGUUGCAGCCAAAGCCAAAUAUAUUAAAUUAUGGUGACCUGAGGAUGGCUCGAUGGGACAAAGUAAACGGUUUGAAGGUUGAGAAUAUGAGGUUGAAUCUAGAAUUGGCUGGAGAGGGAUUUCUGUGGCGGCCUAAUGCCAUGGCAAUGGGUGGCUGGAAGUUUCCCAAGUUUUAUUCUGAAAAGGAAAUUUGGGUGCCGGUUGGUCCAGUUUUGGAUGAAGAAUUACUAUCAUUUGCUAGAUGCAUGAGGGUUUCUGAGCUAGUUGGAUUUGGCUAUAUAGAACAGUACCUUCCACAUCGAGUUGCAAUGCAAUUUGGUAUGGAUCAAGAUCUUCCAGGUUUUGUUCCUCGGUUGAAUGAAUUCCUUGAUAUUGCGUGGAAUGAUUACAGUAAACCAAUAAGUGAUGAGAAAUUAUAUAUUCCACCUCGGCUCUUCAAGGCAGGUAUUACUGCUAGGUACUUGGAUUGGAAGCAAUCAAUGUUUGAUCAGCAAGAAACAAGUAAGAGUAUUGUGCCUGAGAAAAGGAGAUUGAAUGGUUCAAAAAAAUCACGACAAAGUUUGACGAAAGAAAAGCAAGCUAAGGACAGUGUUAUUCCUGAUCAUAUUCCUCCUAAGGGUUCAAAAAGUUUAGAACAUAGUUCAAUAGGUCAGUUGCAAACUCUUUCAUGCUCUAGUGGCCAGGAAUUGGAGAUACCAGGAUUAGCCCUUGAAAAAAGGAUUAUCAGACUAGAAAAGGUGAUUGCAGAGCUCAAAGCAGCAAGAUUCGGCAGCAAGUUCAGAAAAAAAUCAAAGAAAGGUCAUUCUAGCACAUAA